UAUCACGAGUGGGGAAACAAGUAAGGCUUUAGUAGGAGUGAGUGAGUUUCUGAAACUAGUUUUGACGGAGUGGAGUAAAGAGUGAAGAUGUGGGGAAUUUGUUUCUCACUCUUUGCUCUAAUGAGCUUGGGAUUACUAGGAGUAAUUGUUUGUGGAAAUGUUAGCAGAGAUGAUUUCCCAACUGGGUUUGUAUUUGGUGCUGGCGGCUCAGCUUAUCAGACAGAGGGUGCAGCAAACCUAGAUGGAAGGACUCCAAGCAUAUUUGACACAUUUGCUCAUGCUAAGUACACUGAAGGCGCUGGAAACGUAGCAUGUGAUGGAUAUCACAAAUACAAGGAAGACAUCCAACUCAUGGUCGAGACAGGUUUAGAGGCAUAUAGAUUUUCUAUAUCAUGGUCAAGACUUAUCCCAAAUGGAAGAGGACCUAUAAAUCCAAAGGGUUUACAAUAUUACAACAACUUUAUCAAUGAAUUAGUCAGCCAUGGAAUCCAACCACAUGUUACAUUACACCAUUUUGAUCACCCACAAGUGCUUGAAGAUCAAUAUGGAGGAUGGGUCAGUCGAAAGAUUGUAAAAGACUUCACGAGAUAUGCAGAUGUGUGCUUUAGAGAGUUCGGUGAUAGAGUUAAACAUUGGACUACUAUAAAUGAGGCCAAUAUGUUUGUAAUUGCCGGUUAUGACUGGGGACAGCUACCACCUCAACGAUGUUCACAACCAUUUGGUGACUGCUCCAAAGGCAACUCUUCAACUGAGCCAUACAUUGCAGCUCAUCAUAUAUUGUUGGCACACGCAUCAGCCUAUAGAUUAUAUGAGAAAAACUACAAGAGAGAUUUUUGGGCAAUGCAGGACAAGCAACACGGAUUUAUAGGAUUCAAUAUCCUUUCUUUUUCGUUUGUCCCUCAAACGCAGAGCAAUGAAGAUGAAAUUGCUACUAAAAGAGCAAUUGACUUUUUUAUCGGAUGGUUUUUGAAUCCCUUGGUAUUUGGUGAUUACCCGGAUUUAAUGAAGAAGAAUGCAGGCUCACGGAUUCCGGCAUUCACUGUCCAAGAAUCCAAAAGCGUUAGGAGUUCAUUUGACUUUUUAGGACUGAAUUAUUACCGUGGAAUGCACGUCAAUAACGUACCCAACACCCUUACGUGGGAAAACAGAGAUGCUGUUGCAGAUGUGAGAAUACAACUAGAAAAUGUACUAAAUGACACAUCAACAUAUGAGUAUCCAAGUGCACCUUGGGGAUUGGCUGGUGUUCUGCAGGAUAUAAAGCAACAUUAUAACAAUCCUCCUAUUUAUAUCCAUGAAAAUGGUCAAAGAACUAGGCGUAAUUUGACAUUGGUAGACUGGGCGAGGAUUGAAUACUUGCAGGCAUAUAUUGGGGGUGUUAUGGAUACUAUAAGGGACGGGACGAACGUGAAAGGGUAUUUCGUGUGGUCCUUCAUGGAUUCUUUUGAGUUGAUGGACGGCUAUGAAUCCCGCUUUGGCUUGUACUACGUUGAUUUUGACGAUUCAGAAUUGAAGAGACUCCCUAAGCUCUCUGCCCAUUGGUAUUCCCAUUUCUUGAAGAGAAACAAUAUCACUUUAGAUAGCAUUGUUCUAUCUCCAUCCCGUGAUUAUAUAUAAAUCAUUGUAAAUCAAUGAUAUGUGGACACCGUCUUAGGUAUUCUAUAACGAAUAUACAUGCUUUUUAUUAGAAAUAAUCCCAGAAAACAUAAUAUUGGGUAUUACUUUAGAUAAUUCCAUUUUAAAACGUAUGUAACUUGUGUGUUCUUCACGUUCCUCUACUUAUGGUUCGUACUUUA